AUGGCAGGUGUGAGUGGCUGUAUAAAAUAUUCUAUGUUUAUCUUCAACUUCUUGUUCUGGCUAUGUGGCAUCUUGAUCCUGGGAGGAGCAAUUUGGAUCCGAGUUAACAAAGAUGGUCAAGAGAUUCUCAACUCUGGGGAUUUUGCCACUAGCCCCUAUAUUUCUGUGAACAUCUUGAUUGCUGUGGGGUCUACCAUCAUGAUUCUGGGUUUCCUGGGAUGCUGUGGCGCCAUUAAAGAAAGCCGCUGUAUGCUUCUCUUGUUUUUCAUAGGCUUGCUUUUGAUCCUGCUCCUGCAGGUGGCAGCAGGUGUCUUAGGAGCUACUUUCAAAUCUGACUCCGAGCGCAUCCUGAAUGAGACUGUCUCUCAAAAUGUAAAGCUCUUAAGUGAAACAGGUGAGGAGGCACAAGCAUUCCAGAAAGCCCUGAGGGAAUUUCAAGGAAAGUUUAAAUGCUGUGGUUUGGUCAAUGGAGCUGCUGACUGGGGAGAUAAUUUUCAGCAGAAUUCUAUGUCAUGUGAAUGUCCAAGUUCGUCAGAUUCUUCUUGUGUGAUGUAUGAAGGCAAACUUGUUUACCAACAGCCAUGCAUUUCUUUCAUAAAAGAAAUAGUUGCCAAACAUUUUCUCAUUGUUAUUGGAAUAGCAUUUGGACUGGUGGUUAUUGAGGUACUUGGUCUGGUAUUUUCUAUGGUCCUGUACUGCCAGAUUGGGAGCAAAUGA